UUUCGCCGCCAUUUUGAACAGUGGCAUCUUCGACACCGUUGGUUCCACUUGUCCCCGCGCUAUUGUUUGCGUUUUUGUUUUGUUCUUUAACUUCUUCAGGUUAAGGUUCAUGGUGCUGUUUCACGCGUUCACUUCGUUCUCACCAAGCGGUCUCUUCACGAGCCCAGCGAAAGGCUUCGUUAUCUUCGAAGCCUCUUAUUAUUUGACAAGAGACCUAUUCGCUAAAGUGUGUAAAGAUUGUCAAGACAACAUGGCUUCUAUCCCGCCGUCUGCUUUCUCCGCUGGGCGCAUUCGCGAGACUCAACGCGAUAUGAAGGUUUCAAAGAUUAAUAAAAAAGAAGCAGAGCCGACCCAGUACUUUCGUACUAAACUUAUGGAGCUGUCGCCUCUCAAAUACAACAGCAAGCUGAUGAAUAGCAUCUGGGGCUUCUACAACCGUUACUCGCCGCACAAUGUCAAGAAAAUCAAUGAUGCUUUUACUUUCAAUGAGGAAUUGCAGCAAUCUGCUGCCAAUUCCUCAAACAAAAAUGAACCCAUGAUCACUUUGCCUGCCGCCAAGCUGGACAAUGUUUGGGCCAUCAAUGUGUCACAAUCUCACUAGUAUAAAAAAAAUAAUGUUCUCAAUAAUUCUACAAAAAAUAUUGAGAUAGUAUAAGUAAUGUUUUUAUUAUCACAAAGAUCACAUUAGAACGUCUUUCUAUUCUAGAUAUUUCAGUUAAUAAAAAUAGUGAUCAUUUGAUUCUUGUACAAUAUUUUAAUGUAACUUUUAAGGCAUUUUCAACAAGUUACACGCAUUCUGUAUAAAUUUAUUGUGUAUUGAUGCUAUCAAAAUUAAGAAUUACUAAAGAAAUUUGUUCCUUUCAAAGUAAGUAAAUAAGUGACACAGUAGAAUUUUUUUUUCAACAAGUUAGUAAAAUAAAAAAUACCUGCUCUAAUAAUUAUUUUGGCAUAUUUCUUUGUAUAAUGAAUUUUGUAACAUGUUAAUAUUAAUUAAUUUUCAUAAUAAAUGAACUUUUAUUACAAAUUGUGAUUUUUAUUCUAUCAACUCCAGUUCCUGUAGUGUUAUUAUUACGUUGUAUACAUCUAAUAUAUGAAAUUCUCGUAAU